CGCCCUAAAAACAUUUCCCUUCUGAGCUGGACCAGUUGGCUAUUUAUAAUCAAAACCUGAAUUUAGAGUUGGUUAACGCCGUUCACAAGAAAGUCAUGGUGAGUCCGAUAGGGCGAAUUGAAGACUAUGAUAUGGGUCCGCCAUGGUUGAAGCCAAUGAUGAGAGCAAACUACUUCAUUCCCUGUGCUGUUCAUGGAGACUCCAAUAAAAGCGAAUGUAACAUGUUCUGUUUGGAUUGUAUGGGAAAUGCUCUCUGUUCUUACUGUUUGAUUAACCACAAAGAUCACCGUCUUGUUCAGAUAAGGCGAUCCUCCUACCACAACGUGGUGAGGGUUAAUGAGAUACAGAAGUACAUAGACAUUUCUUGCGUACAGACUUACAUUAUUAACAGCGCCAAGAUUGUGUUCUUGAAUGAGCGCCCUCAACCUAGGCCUGGAAAAGGGGUCACCAAUACUUGUGAAAUUUGUUGCAGAAGCCUCCUUGAUUCCUUUAGAUUCUGUUCUCUUGGCUGUAAGCUUGGAGGCAUUGAGAGGGGUGAUCCGGACCUCACAUUUAUGCUGAGAGCCAAGCACAAUAAGGAUGGGUUCCAUGGGUCGGAAUCAGAUGAAUCGUCAACUCCAAAGAAGAUUCGAAGAUCGCCUAUGUUCAACCGUUUGAUGGAAGGACUAACAAUCUAUUCAGAGAGUCAGCAAAAUGAAGGUGGGGAAAGGUCUUGUAGCUCUGGAGAUGAGGCCACCACCAAACUCUCGCCAACUACUCCUCCCAUUUACAAUCAUAGCAAUGCCAGGAGAAGAAAGGGUAUUCCUCAUCGCGCUCCAUUCUAAGUUCGCAAUAUAACCCAAAAAAAAAAAAAAAAA